GUGUCUCGUUUGUGUAUAGUAAGCUUUUUAAUCACUGUGAAUGGUUAGUCUGUUGAUAACAAGAAGCACAAAAAACUUUGACAGCAAAAUCAAAGUGGACAUACAUACACAUACAUAUAUACGCUAGGAAAAGUUGGGGCAAAGUAGCAAAAAUGUAUGCCAUAACACGUUCACUUAUUCGAUCACCUGCCCUACGCCAGGGAAUUCAAAGGAUGCAAGUCGCUGCACCAGCUCGUCAAGUGUCUCUAAAAGUCGUACCAGCAGCAGAGGCCAUUCAAACGGAAACAUUUGAUGAGAAAAAUCAACGUCUAGGACGUGAAUUGUCCCCACAUUUGACCAUCUAUAAGCCACAGUUAACAUCUAUGUUAUCAAUCACUCAUCGAGGCACAGGUUUUGCUUUGACUGGGUAUGCGUGGGCUUUAGGCUUAGGUGCAUUGAUGUCUUCCCACGACAUCUCCCACUAUGUUACUAUUAUCGAGGGAUUGCACUUGGGUCCUGCGACAUUAGUUGCACUUAAGUUUGUUUUAGCAUUUCCACUAGCGUUUCACUCUUGCUGCGGUGUCCGUCAUUUGUUGUGGGAUACAGGCCGUUUUCUGAAAAUUACUGAAGUUUAUUUAACUGGUUACGUAACACUUGGCAUUAGCUUCGUGCUGUCAACUAUUUUAGCUUGUUUGUAAACAUCCUAUUGAAGAAAAAUUCAUGCAAUUGGAAUGCUUAUUUCGGUUUUUAUUACGGUGCUGCGAGUUUACUUAAAGGAACCAAAAUUAUUUGUAUGAAAACAAAAAAAAAAAAAAUAGAAGUGAUAAUUUACGUGAAAUAAAUGUACAUACAUACGACACAUACAAAAAUUGUCUUGAUAUCAAAAUUCGCCAUGUAUUAGUUACGCAAUUUGAUUGCUUAGAAUUUGAAGUUGGUAAAGUGAUGUAGUAAUGCAUAAAAUAAAAAAUAUAUAAGAAGAUUUAACGAUGAA